CAUUGUUAACGUGGCAUUAUACAGGAUAUAAUAGUCAACUUUUAGAUAUAAUGUGUAGCAUUGUUUACGUAGUUCCUUAUGUCAUAACCUAGUUAUGUCAUUAGAUCAAUGAAAAUAUUUAUUCGUAGCGUAUAUCUAUCAUCGUCGCUGAGAUGUCGCUGCAGUUCUUUCGUGAUUUAAACAAAAAUGUGAAUGAAUCACUCAGCAUACUUAAUGAAGGUAUCGAGAUAACGAAUGGAGUUCAUGAUGUGACCAAUAUACAUAUACCUUAUCUGCUACAGCUUAGCCCAUCGGUGGCUUAUACUAAAGGUUCGGAAUAUAAUUGCUGUUUCUUUCGUUUGAGUAAUUCACCAGAAUUGAUCUGUGGAUCCAAGGACGAUGAUGGAGAAAGGUUAUCUAUAACGGGAAGGUCAGGAGGUUCCAUUUCAACUCCAUUGCGCUACUUAACUGUAGAAUCACCUCUAAAUUCACCUGUAGAGACGAACAUCGAAGAAAAGGAUGCUACUGAAGAUAGUGCAUUACAUACCGACAAUGUAAAUCUCUGCCCAUUAGAUCAACGCUGCCUGUUGAAGGUCGUGGAUCCUGAACAGUAUAAAAAUGCUAUGGAUGCUAUCAUCAAUUUUCUUAUUAUAGUUGAACGUGGGAUGGAAGGCAGGCCAUUUGCUAAUCGCAGCCUGCUGGACAAUCAAGUACUACCAGUCCUUUGUUCAUUGGUAUCUCUCUGGGAUAUUGUUGAUGUUUUUACAAAUGGUACAGUGAGACAUCUACAGUUGUUCAGUGAAAAGGAUUCUAUAUUAACAGGUAUUUUAAAGAUCCUAUCAUCAACCCUGAAGCUAAUAGAUAAAAUUGUUUUAUACCCUGAAUUUAUCACGUCAAAUUCGGAUAUUAAGGUUAUCGACAGACGAAUAACACCUCGCCUACAAAGCAAAGCAUGUGAUAAUGGGAAAUUGGAUGUAGCUGGUAUCAAUAUUGAAGAGUCUAAUGAAUCUACAUUUUACGGGAAUGAUACAUCAAUAAAUGCUGCCUUGGGUAAAAACAAUGCACGUAUUCGAGGAUUCACAUUUUUCGGGAAAGUAUCGAUGGUUUGCUUGAAUGAGGUUCAGCGUGAUAAACUAAAUCAUUGUUUAUCAUUACUUCAGUCAGUUGGUGAAAUGACGCAAUAUGGUAGAACAUUUAUGAAGGUGUUUUCCAUUAGUCUAGCAUCAGGUUCCAUGGAAUUACGUGAAUUGUUAUUAAUGUCGCUCAAAAUAUUAGAGCGACUAUAUGCCCACAACGAUGUAGCAUAUCAUAUUUACUGUUCCAAUGAUAUUAUAUACACGGCUAAUAACCUCGAUGAAUUCUACAAAAGGUGGAUUCUUAGCUUUCAAGAUAUCUGCGUAGACUGUAAAAAUAGUAUAGGACAGGAAUUGAUAAACAAAGUUGAUACAACAAACAAUGAUUCAUAUUGUAUGUGUCCGUAUAUUUAUCACACCAAUAUAUCGCCAAAUCGGAAGAUUAUAGAAGCGGAAAUUGUGUCAUCAAAAUUGGAUAUAAAGCAACUACUGACACUUGUGCUAAAUUCUGGUGAUAUGACUCUCAAAACACACAUCACGAGAUUUAUUAUGCUACUAGUACACAAUUCGGAGACAUUUAGGCAUUAUUUCGCAUCGAAUGGAUGUUUGGAAACUGUUUUAACUAUUUUAGAAACUAGCUUCACGGAACAAUUUGCAGUUAUAAAGGAAAACCUAUCGCAAAUAUCGAAUGAGAUCUCGAAACACCAAAUGACUACAUUAAAGAAAGAUUUAACAUUUGCCACUUCCAUUCUUUCGCAUACAUUGGAUUCUAUGUUAAUAUUGCGCCAUUGUCUAUUACAUAAUGAUGUAGGCGACAUCCCUAUUGCACUGUUUACAGAAAAAGUCACUUCAAUACUAUCAACAUAUUUACCAACAUGGAUGUUUUAUUAUCUUCAUGGACCUGGCACUGUAUCAGAUCGUGAAAGCUCAUUAUUCUCACAUUCUUUGAAGAUCCUGCUGGAUAUAUGUUGUUACAUGGUGAUAUUUGUACCGGGUAAUGAACCAUAUGCGGACAUAAACCAUAUCGAACUCCAGAAUUACAUAACAUCCCUUUUAUCGGUUAUCAAGUUGGGUAGACCAGUUAAUACUGACCCUGUAAUGUUGAAGUGCCUUUUAGACACUGGAAUAUUGGAUAUUGUAAUGUUCUCGGCACAUAUUCUGGUGAGUCAUACUCGAUUCGGUAGUAUUGUGCCAGAAAACAUCUUGGAUUCAAUGAUGCAAUUUAUUGCUACAGUGGUCAAUGCUGCCAGCUGUACCUUGGAAACACGAGAUGUUCUGAUCAAUAGACUUAGAACGCCAAUAGCUGACAUGAUGCCACCCUUCUAUAGAUAUACGUAUCAAACUAUGCUAAUGCAGGAUUUACAGUCACUCAAGACGUCCAUUACAUCAACGUUUAUUGCUAGGCUUAGUCAAUUUCGAUUGGAGAUGUUUGGGGAGAUGGCAUAUAUACCGGUUAUUUUACACUGGUUUCUUUGUCUCAAUGACGGCGAUAUUUCAGAUGUCAUUAAGGAACCAUAUCGUUACUCAUUGUGGAUGAUGUUAGUUCUAAGCGGUUUACUAAAAAUAGACGAACGUGCACGAGAUAUACUCAAGUAUUCCCAAGAUGUAUACAAGCAUAUGAUUGAUACAUACAAACAGUGGACAGGUAAUAUAACUACUACAUCUGAUUGGCGUCCUAUACGUUAUAUCGUUGAAUUUUCAUUAUCGAUGACAGCUAAUGAGUCGGAUAAAUCAACUCUGGCAGCCUAUGUAGGGGAGUCGUUUUUGUACAAUUGCGUAGAUAUCUUGAGUUGGUCACUGAACACCGAUGGUAUGCACGAGAAAGCACGUAUCCACGUAGAUCUUUACCACAAGAUAUUAUGCGCCAUUAUAUUGUUGUCAUCAAAUGAAAAUACAUCUAUCGAAGCUACUUUCGAUGUAAAGCCAAUCAUGGGUUUACUGAAGUUAAAAGCUGACGUUGACACCCAGCAUAUAUGUUAUUUAGCAGCUAUCGCAAUUGUAUUAUUACGAUUUCGUGGAGUACAGGUAGCGGAAUUCAACUUUGGUUUGACUGAGCUGAUUGACCUCAGGGAACUAUUAAUAGAGUGUUAUACAUCCUCCGAUCAAAUUGCCGCCCAGCGUUUACUUAUGGAUAUCGAUAAUGCGUAUCACGUGGAUACAAUUAUUCUUGACUAUGAUACGAUCAGUGGUAUAUUCUUUGAUGCUGCACAGCGCACUACUAAGGUAGAAGCGCUUUGGUCAUUUGGAUGGUAUAGGUCUAAUCUGUAUAAAUUCAGCCUGUCACCUGUCAUAUAUCGCAUUUGUUCCUUGGUUAAACGACUACUGCAUCAGCAUGUGAUGAAUAUGUUGAUGGAUGACGUAAAGAAUAAUAUACAUCGAAGCCCAGCGACUACUUCAACAGUAUCAAAUAAAUCUCAUGAAGAAAUAGAGCGUUUACAAAUAUUACACCGAGAUCAGAUUGAAUUUGCUGAAGAACGAGUUAAUCAGCUCAGUUCACAAGUUGAGGUAUUGUCGAAGUCAUAUUACAUUGCAGAGGAAAAGGCCAUGAAUCUCCAAAAAGAACUGGAUAACGCAUUAGAAGUUAAUGCACAACUUAAUAGUUUACUUGAAAAAACGCGGCAAUAAAUUUUGUCUAAUUGGUUCAAUGAAUAUAAGAGUUUAUAACAGAUUU